GGAAAAAACAAUCGACACACAAAGUUCAUCUGUAAAGGAAAUUAACUGACACUAUGUCUGAUAGAACUAGUUUUUUUGCACGCAACAAGGCUGCAAUUGCAGUUGCGGCCGUGGCGGGUGUCACUGCUGGUGCCUACAUCUACUACAACGCUGUUCUGCAGUCCCAGACUCUGUCUGAAUCUGGAUCAAGUGCUACUGGUGCCUCUCCAGAGGCUUCCAAGAAGAAGAAGUCCAAGAAGAAGAAGAGUGCUUCCUCCAAGAAGUCCGCUGACGAAAAGACUGAAGAAGCUGUUGAGGCUGCUGCCACCACUGCUAAGUUGUACCCUGUAGUCAAUGGUCUUCCAAACAUUUCCGAAGAAACCAUUGCUAACCUUUCUGAAAAGGAAAAGGAAGAAUGGGCUGCUGCUCUCAAGGAAGAUGGUAACCAUGAAUUCAAGGCCAAGAAGUACGAUGCUGCCAUUGCUUACUACACUGACGCGUUAAGACUUAAGGUUGAUCCUGUUUUCUUCUCUAACAGAUCUGCUUGUUACGCUGCUCUUAAUGACCAUGAAAACGUCAUUAAGGACACUUCUGAAGCCAUCAAGUUGAAGCCAGACUACACCAAGUGUGUCUUGCGUCGUGCUACCUCCUACGAAAUUUUAGAAAACUACACUGAAGCCAUGUAUGACUUGACUGCCUUGACCAUUUAUGGUGGUUUCAGCAACAAGUCUGUUGAACAACUCUUGGAAAGAGUCUUGAAGAAGCACUCUAUCAAGGUUGUUGAAGAAAACCUUAAGAACAGAGUACCUGAAUUGCCAUCUGCUUCUACCAUUUGUUCUUUCUUUGGUGCCUUUGUUCAAGAAACUACCCCAGAAGGAAUUUCUGAAGAAUCUGAAGGUGCUGACAAAUUUUUGUUUGAUGCCUUGAAGAACUUGAACUAUAGUACUGCUGAAGGUUAUGAAGCUGCUGACACUUUGAUUAACCAAGCCGUUGCUGCUUAUAACGUUGAAGAAUUGACCAAUGAAUCUCCAAACGCUGGUAAGGCUGCUGUUGCCUUGGAAUACUCUGCUCUGAUUAAAUUCUUGAAGAAUGACCCAACCAGUGCUGCCUCUGACAUUGAAAAGGCCAUUGCCUUGAAGCCAAGACCAAGAACUUAUGUUUUCAGAGCUUUGAUCAACGCUGAUAAGUCUUCUUUCACUGAAGCCAACCAAGAUUUUGAACAAGCUAAGAAACUUAACCCUGAAUUCCCAGAUCUUUACUAUCACUUGGGUCAACUCUAUUACUUAACCGGUGAAUUAGCUGCUGCUGAAGAAAACUUCACUAGAGCCAAGGAAUUGAACCCAGACAAUGUUUAUGCCUACAUUCAAUUGGCAUGUAUUAAAUACAAGAACGGUGACUUUAAGGAAGCUGAAGAUAUGUUUACUGCUGCCAAGUUGAAGUUCCCAACUUCCCCAGAAAUUCCAAACUAUUAUGGUGAAAUUCUUGCUGACCGUGGUGAUGUUAAGGCUGCCUGUAAGCAAUUUGACACUGCUAGUAGAUUACAAAAGGCCUUACCAACAUUCUCCGUUGGUGCCUUACCAUUGAUCAACAAGGCUCUGUUCAUUUCCAGAGAAGGACUUGAACACUUUGAUGAAGCUGAAAAGUUGUUGACCGAAGCUUGUGAAUUAGACCCUAAGUCUGAAUUAGCAAGAAUUUCUUUGGCACAAAUCAAAUUACAAAAUGAUCAAGUUGAUGAAGCUAUUGUUUUGUUUGAAGAAUCUUCCAAGUUGGCUAGAACUAUCGAAGAAAAGGUGCAAGCCACCUCUUUUGCCGAAGCCACCAAGAUGCAAAAGAGACUUAAAAACGAUCCUUUCUUGACUGCCAAGAUCCAAGAAGCUAUGGCUGCUAGAAUGUAAAUGAGUGAGUUUUGCCUGUUGGUUCUGUAUAUAUUUAUAGGUGACUCAAGAAAAAGAUGAGAUGAUUAUAA